UCUCUCAUUCUUAAACACAAAGGAGAUUUUUCAUCUAAAAAAAAAAAAAGAAUCUGUGAGACCGAGACGGUGACAAAGCCAUGAUCCGCAUGAAACCUGGGAAGCUGAAACCAAUGGUGCUGGUCCGUGAUCCGUUAAGGAAUUGGGAGCUAAAAUGGGUAACGACGGUGGAGAACCCGGAAAAACCAGGACAAAUCCUAUGGGUGAAAUAUAUGGAAGCGCUGUCAGAGGACGAUUUAGAUAUACCUCCGUUGAGUGAGAAGAUGAAAGAAAUGAAAAAAACCGCUUCUCGGAUCCUUUCAACUCGUGGGACCAAAACCGACCAGUGGGUUUGUGGGAUUUGUAAUCAGUGGGAUGACCACUGGCCUCCAACGUGCCCGUACACGGAUGAUCCUACACUAACCCACUUCACAACGGCACAACUCAUACAGGCUCAAGGUAGCAAUGCAGAAGAACCAAAGUAUAAUGCUGCAGACUGUUUGGCUCAAGCCUCGAAAAAGAGUGGUAACGUGUACAGCCAUUGGCAAUGUAGGAUUUGUGGUAAGAUAGAUGACCACUGGCCUCCAAUGUGCCCGUACAAAUGUAUCUAUCCCGACUUUGCUGAAUACAGUGAUAGCGCGUCUGCUACUGGCAAGAGUACAUUCCAAAUGCCUGAAAGCUUUACCAAAGGAGGUGAUGUUAUGUUUUGUGGGAUUUGUGGUGCGAGGGACCACAUCCCUAAAACAUGCUACUUCAAGCGUUGUGUCAAAUUAUUCACUGGUACACCUCCUCCUGUCAAGACUAUUGAUGUUCGUCCAAGCUCACCAGAAAGGAAAUUCACUUGGUCGACGGACUUCCUUGUUGUGCCAGAGGAGUUUUUGCAUACGUCAAUGUACCAAUGGGUGAAGCCUAGCGGUGAUGUGGAUGAGGAAUUCUUUGCUUCCCCGGCGGAGAUGGUUGAAUAUAUCAUGGAGGCAAACAAGAAGAGUAAACCAACAGGUAGUAUGGCAGAAAAACCAGUGGUUGUUGGAGGUGCUUUUACUUCUCCACGACGUCCUCUUGAAUACUGUAGGAUUUGUUGCAAGUACAUUGACCACUGCGAUAUAACUUGUUCAUACCUGGAAUAUGUCCCACCUGGUGCAACUGUUGGCCCUGGCUGUCUAGUAGUUUGUAGUGUGUGUGGUUCCGAGAAAUGUGACGAAUGUCGGGCCCAACGUGUUGCUCCCCUGUAUUGUCUGAUUUGUGGUACUAAGUUUGACCACCUCGAGAGAGAUUGCCCACUCAAGACUUGGUACUAA